UCCUCACCUCGCUCCUUCUAGUUUCGGUGCCACUCGUCACCAGCACCAGAGCUGCUUCGUUUCCUAGCGCUUUUAUUACUAGCCAAUCUUGCCCUUCUCUGCUGCUCCUACUACACAAGAUCAACGAUGUCGACUGUGAGCCGUGCGUCCCUUGACCAGAAGCUCGCCCUCGCCAAACGCUGCUCGCGAGAGGCGACCCUUGCAGGAGCUAAGGCGGCAGCCGUGGCCACCAUCGCCUCCGGGAUCCCCACCCUUGCGAGCGUGCGGAUGCUGCCGUGGGCGAAGGCCAACAUCAACCCCACCGGCCAGGCACUCAUCAUCUCCACCGUUGCUGGGAUGGCCUACUUCAUCGCCGCCGACAAGAAGAUCCUGUCGCUGGCGAGAAGGCACUCGUUCGAGGAAGCCCCCGACCACCUCAAGAACACCUCCUACCAGGGCGUCGGUCGCCCACACCCGGCUUUCUUCAGGCCAUGAUGAGGCAUCUGGCCCUCUUGGAAGUUGCUGUACUCUGUGCCGUCGAUGUCCGAAUAAGAUACUACUAUUAGUAUUAGGUCGCCAAUAUCAUCGAUGUAAUGGUAUAGUACUUCAACGGGUCCAUGUAAUUAGUUUGUACUGCUGCUCCAAUUGAAAAGGAAUGCAAGUUGGUCUUACAGUACUGAUCAACACUGAAA